AAAUCGCCACUCGCCACCACGAAAUUCAUUUCCUCUCCACCACACGCGACCGCCCACGUUUUCACCACAAUCGCCUUCUCUCCUCCUCCUCUUAACAAUCACCAAUCCAAUAAUGUCUUCCAAACCCUUCUCCGCCACUGUUUGCUUACAAGAAAUGGACGAGCUCCAAAAGGUUUUCAACCAGUUCGACUCCAACGGCGACGGCAAGAUCUCCACUGAUGAGCUCGGCGGUGUUCUCAAAGCUACGGGUUCUACCUACACCACCGAAGAGCUCGAACGCGUCAUGGACGAUAUAGACACCGAUAAGGAUGGCUUCAUCAAUCUGGAGGAGUUCGCUGAGUUCUGCCGCUCCUCCUCCAACGCCACUGCUGAAUCUGAGUUGAAGGAAGCGUUCGAUCUGUAUGACCAGAAUAAGAAUGGACUGAUCUCAUCUGCUGAGUUGCAUCAGGUGUUGAAUCGCUUGGGGAUGCAGUGUUCUAUGGAGGAUUGUGAGAGGAUGAUUGAGAGUGUUGAUUCGGAUGGGGAUGGGUGUGUGAAUUUCACGGAGUUUCAGAAGAUGAUGGCUGCAACUGUCAAGAAUGAAAAUACCUCUACAGGGAAUUGAAAACGACGCGUCGUUUCUUCGGUUUCGAUCUGGUACUUUUCUCCAUUUUGAUUUAAUAUUAAUUUUAUGUAUGCAUUUUGGACCACUGAUAAUCGAAUGUAAUAUGAUUGUGUUUUAAUUUUGAAUUAUUAACGGACGCAAAAAUUUUAUUUAA